CGCAGAAGUCGGAUGGGACGCGUGCACGUGCCCCCGCCACCCCCGAUUCCGAGCUACUCGCGCGUGUGCACUGCUGGACUGAGUCGAAGGGUUUCGGAGAAUUUUUGGCCAGAGCGUUGAGGACGAGAGACUAGUUGAUGCUUGCUGGAAGGCCCCUUUAUAACCUCCGCUUCCCUUCCUUUCAUUUCAGAUUGCGACCAUCGCUUGGUCCACCAUGUCUGAAGGAACCCUCGCGUCGGCAGUCGCCGUGCCUUUUUUUUUUAAUUUUUUUUUUUCUUCCGAGAUCUUCACGAAAAGGAGACAAUCCUCCGUAUCGGAGCACGAAAUCAAGCGCCGCCGCCUCAGCUCUCAAGGCGAGAUCUCUCCACAGGCCGGGCGACAACAGCAUUCGCCACAGGGGUCCGCGCCAGAUCGUCCCGCUGAACGGAGGCCCAAUCGGCAGGGCCGAGAGGAAGACCGCAAGCGCGGGCAGCGGCUGUUCGGUGGGCUACUUGGCACGCUCUCACAGAGCUCAACGUCGGCGGCGCAGAAGCGGCGCGCUGAUAUUGAGAAGCGGCAGCAGGAUAAGCUCAAGUCUCAGGCGGAUGAAUAUGAUGAAUUGAAGAAGCGGCGCCGGGAAAGACGUGAUGUCAUUCGCAGGAAAGAGACACCGUUUUAUGAGCGGGAGGCUAUGCAAACUCGGCAUUCGAACUUGAUAGCCAUCGCGCAUUUCCUCAAGACGCGAACAGAACCAGUCCUGUACUACAAGCCAUGGCAACUACGGUCCGGCGACGAAGACGUGAUACGGGAACAAGUCGAAGAGGCCGAAGCGACGGUCGCCCGGGAAGUCGCCGAAUUCGAUGCCCGGUAUCCGCCCGAGGCCUUCGUAUAUGAGAAGCCUGAGCCAAUAUCCGCAGAGGCGGCUGGUCCGCAAGCAGAAUCAGAAGAGCAGCCGAAGCAGGCAAAGCCAACUGCAGAGCCGGUCUCUGAGCAAGCCGCAUUGCCCAACCCCGAGGCUGAUGACAAAGAGCCCAAGGAGGCUCCGGUGGAGAAAGAUGCACAAUCCAGCAAGGAACCACCUUCCGAACCCAUUCAACCCGAGGCAGCCCCUGCUGACGGGGCCGAUGCUGCGGAUUCUAAGGAUGAUGCUCACCGUACUGCCCACGACGACGAUGGGGAUGAAAUGCUGGAGGAUAACGAGGAUACCGUGAUUUAUUAGCGAUCGUAUAUCGAGUUUAUUUAUUCUAUAUUCCGGACUUUAGGAUACCUAAAUAGUGACGUCUAACAAUCGAUUAUUGCG